UUCCCUCUCACAAGAUCGUCAUCUCGAAAAACUAUUACAGCGCUUGGCUUUGUGCCUGCAGAAGCUGCCGAGAGCCGUCUCGAGGUAAGCGGAUAGCGUCUUAUCUCAGAGACGGUUUCCAGCGGGACGGAGCCUGCAGCAGUAAGAUAUCGACCGUCGCUGCUAGUGUUCGAAUGGCUCCGCAUGCGUCCGACGAAUAACAGCAGUCCAGAGUCGGUACCUGAAAAUUCGAAUUCCCCUUGUGCCCUGCAUAAAGUUUCUGUCGUCAGCAAGACAGCGAUCCAUUCCCCGCGCUGCAAUCGUGCGGUGGGUGUACGGACCUGAUCCGUUGAACAACGCAAAAUAUGCACCGCGUUGCCAGGCCGAUCACCAUUUCGCAUCUUUGUGCUUCGUUUCAGAUCAUUCCAUUGAACCAUAAGCAAGCCAUUUGGCGUCAUCGCCAAAAAAGGCAUGCCCAAGCUACAAGGCUACAUAACAAACAUUGUGCGCUCUCGAGUCCCGUAGAGGCCUGGGCGCCCCGCUGGGCCGCUGGGCCGCUGGGCAGACGACUAGAAGCACAUGGAAUCGGGAAAUCUGGCUGGUGGAUCUUUGCAUCGUCAUGCCGCUUCGAAAUAUUGGAGGCGCCGCAUUGGUUUCUUCUGCUAUCGAUAGCGCCUUGUUGUGCAUACGAGACUGGGGUAUCGUAGAUUGCGGUCAGCAUCGCCAGCAAAUGCCAGUCCUCGAGGUCCUCAUCGCAUC